AUGUUAAUGAACUCCAAUUAUUUAUGGACUUCUGAACAAUCUCAAUAUUACGACUAUAUUGAGCUAAUAAUUGCCGUCUCCAUUGUUGGAAAUUCAUUAGUGCUUCUGACUUUCAUAUUCAACAAGCAUAUGCGUUCUACAACAAAUAUCUUUAUCGUUUCCUUGGCAGGAAGUGAUUUGCUUUUGAUUGUAAGUACUGUGCCAUUUAAUAUUGGAUUUGUUAUUUCGCAUUAUUGGACAUUGGGUAGAUUUGCAUGUAAGUUGGUACCUUUUAUGACUACCUUUUCAGUUGGAUGUAGUUCGUUGACAUUGUGUUGCAUUGCCCUAGAUAGAUUUUAUGCCAUAGUUUUCCCUUUCAAACUACAAUUUUUUCAAACAAAAGUUAAAAUGGCGUCUAUUCUUUCGACAGUUUGGAUUGUGUCUGCUUUAUCUGGAAUUCCGCAAGCAAUAAGUUAUGAACUGGUUGAAUUUUCAUCAGGUUGUGAAAUAAAAAUAACUGAAUGUUUAUUUCCAAAAUACGAAACACCACAGCAACAAUUCUUACGACUCUGGUUAAGUUUUGGUAUACUGUUCAUGUUUCCCUUGAUGGUAAUGGCGAUUUUAUAUGGGAUAAUCAUACAUACACUAUGGGGAAAAUUUAAUUUCAGUACAACUUCAACUGUAAACCGCACAGAUGGAUCACGUCUUCGUCAAAAGAGGCGGGCAAUUAAAAUGUUGGUCACAGUAAUUUCUUUAUUUGUCGUGUGCUGGCUACCAUUGCAGCUUUUUAACAUUAUCACAGAAAAGAGCAAUACAAAAAUCUCUGUCACUGUAAACACGAUUCGUGUUUUUCUUCAGUGUCUGGCGAUGAGUAGUAGUUGUUACAAUCCGAUCGUCUACGCAUUCAUGAACGAGAAGUUCAGGAAAAGCUUUGCAUUGUUCUUGUUUUGUAAGAAGAGAAGACCUCGUAUCCAUCCUGUGGACGAACGCAAAGAUCAAAACAUUUCGAGGAAGGUGACACAACUGAAAUGUGAAACGGAUUGUAAAAGGAUCAGUGGUACAGCAGAAACAAGAAUGUAG